CAAAGUCCAGAGUUUUUUCUGGUUAGUAUUGGUUUUGACAAAAUUUUCCAUAAUUUUCGUUUUAAUUACGUUACAGGAGUUAGGAGCUUCUGAAACUCUCCACUUAGAUCACUUGAUUUGAGAUCCUUGGAUUUUCAGUUCCGGAACGAUAAAUUAUAUUAAUAUUGUAGCAUUGUAGCAUUGUAACAUUAUAUAGAUGUAGAGUAAGCUAUCCAUAAUACUGUACAUUAAUAUCAGGUUGUUAUAUUUAAAAAAGACACAUAACAGAAUCCUGCAGCCGUGAGCUACCCUACCAUAAAUAUAAACCAUAUUGUAUAAAUAUUUGUUUAGCUUAAGGUGUCCUUAUUUCCCUUUUCUCUAGUAAUUUGUUGAUGACUAGCUACUUUGUAGUUGAUUUACAUAAAAGACGCUCGUUUGCGGCUCAUUAAUAAUCACUAAGUUAUUAAUUCAAUUUUAUUUUCAUUAAAUAAAUCGAGUGGAUUAUACUACACCUCAACACGCAUCGUUCAGGCUCCGUUAACAAUGGUGCAAGAUAUAAAGCUGUAUUGUUUACUUAAAUUUUUCAUUCUCGCUGCUGCUGCAAAAUCGGUACAUAUUUUAACUAGCCAUGAAAACGCGAAUUUUUCUGCUAAGUUUAAUCUUCAUACACGCGAAGUCCAAUACAGUCAAUACGUUGCCAUCUAUAGAUAAAUGGGACUUCGGAAAUGGUGUGGUUGUAAAAUUUGACGGAAAGAAGAAGCAAGUUCCAAUUAUGGAACGUUUGUCCAUCGAUGUGGCCUUAGGUGAUUAUACUGUGAGUUGGGGCGGGGCGAAAAACAACGACGUUGAGCUUAAAAUUGACGCCAAUGAUAACAACCAGUUCGAAGCCAGACGCAAGGGAGAUCGAGACGGCAAACACAAUAUGUACUCAAUGCUGAUAUCGUUCAAAACGGCAAUGCUUACGACAGUAAUGGUAGCGGCAUUGAAGUUGGUUACGCUGAAAUCUAUAAUCCUGGCAAAAAUGGCAUUGAUGAUUUCGAUCAUAGCCUUGUUGUCCAAAUUAAAAAAUGAACACCACAGGCCCCAUUAUAUCGAGAUAGAGGAACGAGCGCCGGUCCAUUCGUACGGAUAUCAUGAUCAUCGUGGUCACGUGGAUCACGAAGCGUCUUCAUCGAACUUAUAUAACGACGUGAUUUACGCGCCUAGCGCGGCGUCCCAGGGGGCGUCGCAUUACUCGCCGGACGAUCUGAUGAAUAAAACUGCCCUCUAUCCUACUCACGGCCUGCAGAGGCGUCAGAGUAGAGUUUCCGACGAAAACAGGAAGUUUCCGCUCUGGUCUAUCGGGACUAUUAAGAAAAUUUCACCCACGCGUAGAAGAUAGCGUCGUAUUAGUGUACAGUUUCGUAAUAAAUUAUUAUAAUUAACUACGCGUUUUGUUUAUAGGGUUUUUGCUCGUGUAGGGUGUUUCAUAUUUUUUUGUUAUUUAUUAACAUAUUCAGGAUACAACAGGAAUACUGUUCCAGACAGAAUCCAUAUGACCAGUUCAAAAUUCUGCUACAAAAUAAAGUAUUUAAAAUAUUCAUUUUUGAUGAUAUUAAGACUCGGUGAAAAAAUAUCUGCAUUAAUACAGUGUUUGUCAAAUACCAUGGCAUGCUCCUUAGUAAGGGCAGCAAGAAUCUUUACACUACAACUUACGGUAAUUAAUAUAUAAUGUAAUUUAAAGAAUAAAGAAGAUAUUGGAGCUUGAAAUGCUUACAUUGAAAUUGCCAUUGCCAAAACAGGGAAUAAGAUAAGAUAAGCACGCCUGAUUUCUUUAUGCUCGGUUCUUGAGUUAAAGAUUUCCUAACAAAGCAAGCCCUCUAUAGCUUGGAAGGUUUAUUCUGGUGAUGUAGCUUGUCUAGUCCCUGCUUUACAUGAUAUGUUUUCUUUUUACUUUAAUGUAAGAGAAUAUGAAUGUUUGAAUUGAAUAAAAUGAAAAAGGUGGUAUAUUCUGUCUUGUCUGACAGAAAUGAAUUCAUUUCCUAAUAGUAAGUGUAAAAUGGAAAAGAAACGGAGAAGCUAUGUUGAAGUUCGGAUUUAUGAAUCUUUUAUAAACUAUUGGUAAUCUCUUGAAUUUGUGAUCGACUCUAUCGGUCGGAAAACAAUUUAAAGGAUAAUAUUCUCAAGAACUCGUUUUGGACAGAUUGACUUACCAGAUGCAAAUGACAGUUUGCUAUAAGUAAGCCGAUAAUAAAACCCAACAUUCCAUUUGCCUUUUGCAAUUAUUUGGCCAAAAUACUGCCGAAAUGUCUUAUAGCUGUUAAGAAUAAUCCCAAAGUAAUUGACUUUACAAAGUCAGUCCAGUAAUCAUGAUGCUUAACUUUAACGAAUGGUUCCUUGGUAAAUUUUGAGUCAAAAGUUUGAUACAAACAGAUAGAAUGUUGUAUUAUCUCCGCAUAAAAAGAUACACUUACUUUAAUCUUUAUGUUAUUAUUAUUUAUUAUUAUACACAACUUUACAAAGUACAAUACAAUACAAUUGUUAAGUUCUUCAACGUCGUUUUAGCAAUGUUGUUUUUCACUGUGCCAUGAGAGAUAUAAAAAUGUCAGAUGUGAUAUUUUGAGCAGAUAUUUUACCAAUUUGACUACGCUGAAUUUUAAUAUUGGCUUGUUGUUUUAUCAACAUUGAAGACGGUUUGAUUCUGUCCACCCUCUACACAUUAAUUGAUUGGAAUCAUUUUUAUUCCCAUAUUUUAAAAUAGUUUUAAUCGUCAAAUAACAUUAGUUAAGACUACGUUUUUAUUUUGGUUUCAUUUUUUAAAGCAAUAAACAGAUUCUCCGAUCACCUUCGAAUAAAUAUUUUUUAAUCGAGACGUGUGCGAAGUUUAAGUCACUGUUUGUUUAAAAAACUGUAAAAAUUUCUGGUAUAUGUCAAAUAUAUACCGGUACACGAACAGACAGAUCGAAAAUUAGAAACUCAUUUCGGAAAUUUCUGUUGACAAAAUAUACACGUUAAUGAGAAGCAAAAAGUCCCCCAGCGAAAUGGAGAUCUACUUUUACUAAUUUUAUUACUAUGUCUCAUAAUGUUUCUGAGGCUAUCGACGAUGGUUCUCAAUUGGACGUAAUAUAUCUUAAUUUUUUAAAAGCGUUUGAUUGGUUUGAUUUCUGAAGCGGCUAUUAAUUUCUUUUUCAAUUUUAUCUAACCCCACUCAUCGUCAAAGCUUAAUAGUGGGGACAUUAGCAUUGAAGGUUUUGGUUAAUGACGUUGAAGGUGCUGAAUUUUAAUCAAUAAUAAUAAAUUGAUUUGAUUACAUAUCUUUUAGUGUUGUCAUGAUUACUAUUAUUUAUUGACUUUAUUUGAAACUUUAAAUAACUUUCUGGAUUGC